GCCCAGGUGUGUCAGGGUGUGCCCUGUCAACUUCCCCCCACUAGAACACAAUGGAACGUUCCAACAUGAUAACCUGCUCCCCAUCAUGGCAACUGGUAGCACCAGCCAAACAUGGAACUGGACGACGUCAGCUGGGAGGACGAGUUGCAGGAAAAGUUCUCUCUCAUGUCCGCGAUCUCGGAAGAGGCAGGAGAAGAUAACAAGCGGUGGGAGUACACGAGUGGAGGCUCAGAUAUCGGGAUGAUGAACUUGAGCGAAGAGAUCUUCAUCUUUAUCCUGCGUAAGCUUGACCCAACUUCUCUGCUGCGUGUGGGGAGCACGUGUAAAACCCUCUUCCGAGUCUGUUCCUGCAACUCGCUCUGGAAAAAACACUUCCAGGUGUCGUUCGGGGUCCAGUUUGCCACAGCUACGUGCUCAAUAACGGCCAAGGCCGCGUUCCGCAUGCUCUUUAUGUGGCGGACGCUAUUCAGGAACCUACACUGCAACCGUUCAAUGCAGGAGCGGCUGUUCGCUGAGGUUCCUUUUCCGCCACAGCGGUACUGGACCCAGUGGCUAGUCGUGGAGGCGACCGUGCCGCUGCCCUCCGUGAGGCUGCCUUCGGCCGACAUCCAGGAACUGUGGGGGUUGGAGGCGGAUGUACUGGAGGAAAAAGUCAAAGAUAAGGACGAAGAGGAUGAAUUGAUGAAGUUUGAGUGGAAGGAGCUCCAUGAUCUGGCUGUGGAACAACAUGGAGGCCUUGCCCGGGUCUAUCAGCAUGUUCUCAACAAGCAACACUGCCAUGAUCAUACAGAACUGGAGACCCUUUUCCACCAGUAUACUCAGUGCCGAUUCCAGUGGCUCUUCUCCUAUUGGUUGUUCCGUCAGCCCCCACCCUUUGACCGCCAGCUCCGCUCGGUCUUCCUCCAAUGGCGACGUCACAACAAGACUAAGGUGGCGACCUGGGGCGGGACCCUGUGUGACGUCAGGUACCUGGCUUCGCUCCAUCCAAUUACAGCUGACUACUGGAGGGGCAGACUAGCGCAUGGAGACGAGACUCUGGGUAUCCAGUCAGUGGAAGGCUACUUCUCCAUGUGCAGGUCUCUGGUUGCCUGGAUCCUCGGCCGUGACUGGGGUCGUCUUAAACGCAGGAAGGUAUAUGAGGACACCCUGGAUGGAGUGUACUUGGUGUUACGCCGAGAGCUGCAGGACAAGGUGGUGGAGCACCAGAGGUUCUGGCAGGUUGCCAAGGUCCAGAUGACCCGGGUUUGCACCCUGGAGGAGACUGCUGCCAACUAUGUCAACUGGAGGAUGAUUGAGAGCCUGCCCUACUACAAGUUGUACAUGGUGUCGGGUAACUCGGUGUACCUGAACCAUGUCCAGGGCUUCCUCCAGAGGAAGAGGCUGGUCCAUGACUGGAUCCACCUGGAGGAGAACGUCUGGGUUCAACAGCUGCUGCCAGAACCCCUCAACAGCCUGCUGGAGUACCACCACAAGAUACCACAAGACAGCCUCCAUGGGGACUCUGUGUCGGCCCAGCUGAGCAGGGUGGUGUGGCUGUACCUGAACUCUGGCCAGCAGCUGUACCUAGAGGCUGUGAAAGGCCUGGUCCUGCAGUAUGCUCAGGCUGGCCUGGCCUGCUACCGCUGCCUCAACCCUGGACACAGUCUGGAACAAGCUAGCUAGCCUGCUGGUGGAACGUCUGCCCGCUGAACUACUGCCAGGUCAAACUAUGACCUCAUGUUGGAGGUAUCCUCAAUCUGGGCCACUGUAGGCUGCUUCAGAGAUGGACGUUCUUGCUCUAGGCCUGGUAACUCCCAGGGGAGCUAGCUAAUGAGCUAAUGCAUUGAGCUACACACUGUGGCCCUUGGCAUGCCCAGUAGACGGUUAAAAUACUUUUUAGAUUUUUAUAACUGGACUUGAUGCACUCACUUUUUAAAACCCUUAUUUAUUUUUUUAAACUAGUGUUUUUUAUCCAUUAUCUAGAUCUACUUCUAUGUUGGUCAGUUUUUUAGAAAACUUUUUGGAAAGUGAACUUGACACCAAAUUGUCAUUAUUAGAGUGUAAUAGACUGUGUACCUCCCUAUAAUGUAAGAACCUUUCUAAAGAUUUUUCUAGAUCCCUUUUUUAAUAUGCCAGUGUUUGGGAGCUUGUGUUUUGUUUAUUGAUCUGUAUCCAUAUUAACGUAAUCAGACUGCAUUUGUGACAGUAAAUCAAUGUUAACCUCCAAGUUUGCUGGAGGCUAAUUAAGAUUGAGGUCUGGGGACCUGCAUUGCUGCUAGUGGAACCAAUAAAACACUUCUCUAACUGGA